GCGGAAGAAGACAUCGCACAGGCCCCAUAAAUCCCAAUAAAAGAUGUCUGACGCUGGAGAUGAAAUUCAAGUCGACGCCCCGGAGGCUGAGGUUGAGGUCACCGCGACCGAUGCUCCCAAGGGCAGAAUGUCUGUGGAGGACGCUCUUCAGCAAGUUCUGAAGAACGCUCUUGUCCACGAUGGUCUGGCUCGGGGUCUGCGCGAAUGCGCCAAGGCCCUCGACAAGCGUCAAGCGCACUUGUGUGUGCUGGUCGAGACCUGUACCGAGGCCGAGUACAUCAAGCUCAUCGAGGCUCUCUGUGCCGAGCACAAGAUUAACUUGAUCAAGGUCGGAGACGCCAAGGUCCUCGGUACGUGGGCGGGCCUGUGCAAGAUUGACAGGGAGGGCAACCCCCGCAAGGUUGUCGGAUGCUCUUGCGUGGUCGUCAAGGACUACGGUGUUGAGAGCGAGGGUCUCCACGUCCUCCUUGAGUACUUCAAGAACCGCUAGGUUAGCCGACCACUAUAUGGCACCUGCGUUUCCUGUCUACUCGUAGUACAAAAUGCCACUUGCUUUCCUCCGUCUGAGUUCACCUGUGUGCAUGUCUCUUGACCUGAGUUUCCGUGCAGUCAGUCGCCCGAUGCCGUCUAUAUGUAGUUAGGUAUAAGCAUUCGACGUCAUUGAUCAUUCUACUGUACUGUGUAAGCUCGUGAUAAAUGCCUCGUUGCGCCUUC